UAGACAAAAUAGAUAUCUUAAUGAUAUUAAUUUCAUUUAUCCAAAUAAUAAUAUUAGUGAUAUAUUUUACAAUUAUAAAUAAUGAUCUUCUCCUGUACACACUAAGGUCUUUAUUUUCGCUAAUUAAAUAAUAUCAUGUUACAUAAUUUUCUGUUUUUUCGACAGUGACGAAUCAAAAAUAAAUAAAUAUUAUCAGUUUGCGAAAAUUUCAUUUAUUUAUUUACUCGCAUUAUGGCUUUUAUAAUUACUACUCAAAAAUAACGAUAAUGAGAUUUUAUAUUCUUGCCAAAGCAUAGAUUGGAUUUUACUUUCGGGUUCAAGUUGCGUAUAUUCAGGCUUGAUUUCUUAUGUAGGCCUUCAUAUAAUUCAAAUACUUUUAAGUUAUUCUGAUUAAGAAAAAUAAUGGAUUUGAAUAAGGAAACAAAAAAGUAUCUAAGGAUGAAAUUGAAAGUAGAAAAAUUUAAUUGGCUUUAUUAAUUUUAAGUAAUUUGAUUCCUGCUUUUGUACAGUUUUUUUGGGAUUAUUUUGCUUUUAGUAAUGCCAUUAGUGAAUUUGAUUGUUAUUAUUAUUUUUAUUCAAGAGAUUUUUUAACUUUCGUGAUUUUUCUAAUUGGGAAAAUAGUUAUUUUUUUUGUAUAGCCAUGCUUAGUAUAUUAUAUAUUCUUUUGGUAAAAUAAGAAGUAUUUUAAGUCAGUUUAGGAUAAUUUAAUUGAUAAAAAUGAUGCAUUUUUUUAUGAUAGAAGAAGUGAACUUUUGGAAAAUUAAGAUGAUUAUUAUUAUUGAUUUUACUUUUUUGUAAAAU